AUGUCUGCUGUUUUCAAUAACGCAACCUUGUGCAGCUUGAUUCGUGAGGAAACCUAUUCCAAGACUCUGCAAAAUGUGUAUCAAUUGCAGCCUCAAUUGAACGUCAUGGAGAAGUACUGGGCUGCCUGGUACACGUAUAUGAACAACGAUGUGCUGGCAACCGGUCUGAUGUUCUUUUUGCUGCACGAGUUCAUGUACUUCUUCAGAUGUCUGCCAUGGUUCAUCAUUGACCAAAUACCAUUCUUCAGAAGAUGGAAGCUGCAACCAACUAAGAUCCCAAGCGCAAAGGAACAAUGGUACUGUCUCAAAUCGGUUGUUCUAUCGCAUUUCUUGGUUGAGGCCAUUCCUAUCUGGACCUUCCACCCAAUGUGCGAGAAGCUGGGCAUCAGCGUCGAGGUCCCUUUCCCAUCGAUCACGACUAUGGUUCUAGAGAUUGGCCUGUUUUUUGUUUUGGAGGAUAUGUGGCAUUACUGGGCUCACCGUCUGUUCCAUUACGGUGUAUUUUACAAAUACAUCCACAAGCAGCACCACAGGUAUGCCGCUCCCUUCGGUUUAUCUGCAGAAUAUGCCCAUCCAGCUGAGACCAUGUCUCUCGGUUUCGGCACCGUUGGUAUGCCAAUUCUUUACGUGAUGUACACCGGAAAACUUCAUCUAUUCACCCUGUGUGUUUGGAUAACCUUACGACUAUUCCAAGCCGUUGAUUCGCAUUCCGGUUACGAUUUCCCAUGGUCUUUGAACAAAUUCUUGCCUUUCUGGGCAGGUGCUGAGCAUCACGACUUGCAUCACCACUACUUCAUUGGCAACUACGCAUCCUCCUUUAGAUGGUGGGAUUUCUGUCUAGAUACUGAAGCUGGUCCUGAAGCUAAAGCUGCUAGAGAAGAAAGAAUGAAGCUCAAGGCUGAGAGCGACGCCAAAAAAAACGAAUAG